AACAGGAAGUUGUGAACAGAGUUUAAAAGCUGCUGCAGGACUGCAGACAUUCAGAGGAAGCUGGACCAGCAAUGGCUCUGCUGAAGGUUCUGCUGCUGCUGGGGCUGGGUGUUUCAGUGAACUCAGGUGUUUCUCUGCAGAAGAGAAUCAUUGGAGGUCAAAACUGUCAAGAUACGGAGCGUCUUUAUCAUGUUCGGCUAGAGAGCAGCAAUGGUACUCAUUCGCACCUCUGUGGGGGAUCUCUGAUCCGCCCUCAGUGGAUCCUGACUGCAGCUCACUGCUGGCAUUCUGGGCCAGGAUGGACUAACGAAGCAGUGAUAAAAGUUCAUCCACGGUCUGCGGGUCAGCAGAGACAGGUGAUCCUACAAGCUCCUGUGAUUUAUACUCUCAACAACCAGCAGCAUGACAUCAUGUUGCUGAUGCUUCAGACACCAGUAAGAGAUGUCUCAGUUGGUCAGCUAGGAGAUCGCAGGCGUCGUAUUAAAGUAGGCGAUAUUGUUCAGCUGGCAGGAGAGGGACCAACGACAACCGGCCCCAAUAAUCAGCGAUUACCCCCCAGUGGCAAUUUUCCACCUCAUCUUCAGUGUGUCGACAUGAAAGUUGUUCAGGUUUCCGUCAACCUGCCGACACGUGGGUAUAUGUACCAUGCUUCAGCACAGAACAAGGAUGUCUGCCAUGGUGACACUGGUGGAGCAGUGGUGUUCAACAACAAGAUUUAUGGUCUGAUUUCUUUUGGUGGACAACAUGCAUGUCAGAGUCCAGUUGCAAUCUUGGAUGUGAGUGUAUACAAGGAAUGGAUUAAUAGAAUGACUACGAUGUAAUAAAACAUAAACUCUCAUGAAACAUAACUCCUAUCAAAUUUCCUCUCACAAACUUUAUAAUUGUAUCUUCAUUAGUUUGAUUCACUUGUUUGUAGAAUUAGAAUAAACCAAUAGUUUUUUUUUCUCACCUGAUCUUGACCUCCCUAAUGGAGCUUUCUCUGCUGUAGAAAUGGAAAAUAAAUCAAUAAAUGGAUUAAAAAGAAACA